AUGUCGUUUAAGGGCAUUAAGAAGUCGGUGUUGCGUGCGCCGCAAAAUUUCAGGCAAAAACUCAACAUGGGUGAAAUUACCCAAGAUCCUGUUUAUGCCGACGCCGAGAGAAGAUUUAAGGAAUUGGAGUUGGAAACCAAGAAGCUCAGUGAAGAGUCCAAGAGAUACUUUGCCGCCGUCAAUGGCAUGUUGGACUACCAGAUUGACUUCUCCAAGGCCAUUGAGGAGAUCUACAAGCCCAUCAGUGGUAGAUUAUCGGAUCCCAGCGCCACUGUGCCCGAAGACAACCCAGAGGGUAUUGAAGCGUCUGAGUCGUACAGAGAAGUGGUGAAGGAGUUGAAGGAUUCUUUACAGCCCGAUCUUGAGCUUAUUCAGAAGCGUGUUGUGGACCCAGCACAGGAGCUUUUGAAGGUUAUCCAGCUGAUCAGAAAGAUGGCCACCAAGAGAGAACAUAAACAGGUGGAUUUGGACAGACACAAGAGAACGUACAAGAAGUACGAAGAAAAGAAGGAGCGUACCGCCAAGGACGAGGAGAAGAUGUACAAUGCUGAGGCUGAGGUUGCGGUUGCUCAGGAGGAGUUCGACUACUAUAACAACAUGUUGAAGGACGAAUUGCCUACUUUGUUUACCAUGCAGCUGGACUUUAUCAAGCCGUUGUUUGUUUCUUUCUACUACAUGCAACUAAACAUCUUCUACACUUUGUACAGCCGUAUGGAGGAGUUGAAGAUCCCAUACUUUGACUUGAACUCGGACAUUAUCGAGGCCUACACCGCCAAGAAGGGUGAUAUCGAAGAACAGACGGACAACAUUGGUAUUACACACUUUAAGGUUGGCCAUGCAAAGAACAAGUUGGAGGCUACCAAGAGAAGACACCAGAUGAUGAGCGGGAACGUUACCGGCUCAUCAGCCAGCACGGGAGCAGCUUCUACUGCUCCUUCUGCCGGUGCUGGUGCCGGAGAGGGUCUUCCACAGUACACGCCUGGCCAAACAGGCAACAACUACGGCUACGGCAACGAAAAAGCACAGUUCAAUGCUCCUCCACAACAGUACGGACAACCAGCUGGCCAGCAACCACAAUACGGACAGCCAACAGGUCAACAGCCACAGUACGCUGAGGCUCAAGCGACCGGUGGGCAAGCACCACCUCCAUCAUACGGAGCGCCAGCUCCAGCAGCUGGAGGAGCACCUACUUGCACUGCUUUGUAUGACUACACUGCCCAAGCCCAAGGGGACUUGACUUUUACAGCCGGCGCCGUGAUUGAGAUUGUUGAGCAAGGCGACGCUAACGGUUGGUGGACCGGACGCUAUAAUGGGCAAACCGGAGCGUUCCCUGGUAACUAUGUCCAGUUGAACUGA